AUGUGCCAACUCCUUGGGCCGGAGCACACUAUAGUUUGGUGGCGAGAGAACUCUAUGAGGGCUAUGACCCGCUCAUGUAUGUACGAAUGUCAGACAAAUAUCCGUGCACCGCGUUUCGGCCACCCCCUUCUGGACACCUCUGACAUUGAGCUUCUGCGUAAGAAACUCGCCGAAGAUGUCCGCAUCGAAAAAUACACACCACUGGCCCCUCCUGAGCUGGUUCAGUAUGAGAUCGGACACACUGCCAACAGUCUCCUCACAGUUCUGAACAGCCGCAUUGAGGCUCGUCAGAUCAUCCGCCGCGAGUCCGAUCGCCUCCUCGUCCUAGUCGGCCCCUGUAGCAUUCACGACCCCGAGUCUGCUCUCGAAUACGCCGGUCGUCUCCGUGAGCUGUCAGACGAGCUACGGGAUGACCUGUGCAUCGUGAUGCGGGCCUACCUGGAGAAGCCCCGUACAACUGUCGGCUGGAAGGGUCUGAUCAACGACCCCGAUGUUGAUGACUCGUUCAACACAAACAAGGGUGUCAAGGUAGCCCGUCAGCUGCUUGUAGACAUUACCAACACGGGUGUGCCCGUGGCUUGUGAGAUGCUCGACACCAUCUCUCCCCAGUACACCGCGGAUCUCAUCAGUGUCGGUGCCGUCGGCGCCCGCACCACCGAGUCCCAGUUGCACCGCGAGCUGGCCUCCGGUCUCUCGUUCCCUGUCGGCUUCAAGAACUCCACUGAUGGUACCGUGGGCUCCGCUGUAGACUCGCUCAAGUCCAUGCGCGCCCGUCACAACUUCCUCAGUGUCACGAAACAAGGCGUCAUUGCCACCACUACCACCAAGGGUAACGAGGACGGCUAUGUCAUCUUGCGUGGUGGCUCCAAGGGCACCAACUUCGAUGCAGCCUCUGUACAGGCAACUUGCGAGCUGCUGCGCUCCAAGAAUGAGCGUGAGGUUGUCAUGAUCGACUGCUCUCACGGUAACUCUCAAAAGGAUCACCGUAACCAGCCGAAGGUGCUCAAGGUCAUCGAGGAGCAGAUGCGACAGGGUGAGAACAGCAUUAUCGGUGUCAUGGUUGAGUCCAACAUCCGUGAGGGCAACCAGAAGCCGGCCAAGGGCCUGGAAGGCUGCGAGAAGGGCGUCAGUAUCACUGAUGCCUGUAUCGACUGGGAGACCACCGAGGUGUCGAUGCGCUCGCUGGCUCAGGCAGUGCGCGACCGUCGGGCGCGUGCCGCCAAUGGCAAGAACUAA